AUGGAGCCCUUCCCGCUGGGCACCACCUUGAACGAGCUUCGAGCGCAGCAGAUGGAGGCGCGCUGGGUUAUGUGGUGGGGGGCCUCCAGUGGCCCGAAGGACGGGGCCUUCUGGCAGCGCAGAGUUCUUGGAUUCUUUAUUUUUGACUUCGGGAUACCGGAAAGAACUUUGUACCAUCAGAGGUUACCUCCGCUGACUAAAUUAAGGCCUCAGAAUGAUAAACUGAUAAAAAGGAGGGAGCCAAAAAGGAAAUUGUUGACUUUCACAGGGGGUAAAAGGAUUAAUGGACAUUUUGACAAAGGCAAAGAGUCUGAGUUCAAACAGAAAGUUCUCAACUGCAAGGCAACAGUUGAUGAGCUGAAGAAGCUCAUUCAUUUUGAGACGGAGAAGCUGCAGUCCAUUGAGAAACAGCUGGAUUCAAAUGAUGCUGAAGGCAAGUACUGGGAGCAGUUUAAUCACAGCCUGGAAGAUAAAAUUGUCAAACUGGAGGAGCAGAAGAUUAAAAGGAAUGAGGUAGAGAUUGAAGCGGAGGAAUUCUGGGAAAACAAACUCCAGAUCGAGCAAGAAAAUGAGAAGCAACUGAAGGAGCAGCUCCAGGAGAUCAGGCACAAGAUUUUGGACUACAAAAGCAAGCUGAAGGAAUAUGUGGCCCAGAUCCAUAGCAUGGAAAGUGACCUUCAGGCAGAAAAGUUGCACCGGGAAGUGAAGGAGUUAAAAGUAAAUGAAGAAGAAGUCAAAGAGAAGAUUGAAAAAGUGAAGGGUGAAAUCGACAUUCAGGGACAGCAAAGUCUCAGGCUGGGAAAUGGCAGCUUCUACCUCUCCAGCUGA